AAUUAAACUCAUAUCAACAAAAGCACCCACAAGUGUCAAAAAAUAAGUCCAGCUAAUUAUAGAGAAAAGUGAAAUCAUUAUAUUUGCAAAAUAUUCAUCAAAAAUUGGUAAAAUUAAAAGAAUAAUCAAUUAUUUAGUUUAAUAGCGCCAAAGCGAGGCUUAAAUAAAAACCUAUGGACAGUUUUUUCGGUCGAGGCCACGAUGGUUAUGUUGGACGCGAUGAACAUAUUAAAAAGUUGCAGGCAAACAGUUCGGAAGACGACAACCUGGAUGAACUGCCACCGAUGAUGGAAGAGCUUUGUGUGGUAGAUGGCUUGCGACCAAGUCCUGGUGGUCCUUUCUCUGCCCUGACACCAUCAAUGUGGCCACAAGAGAUUUUAGCGAAGCUGGGUCAACCAGAGGCUGAGCCUACUGGUCCAAACGAUCAACCAGAUUAUCGUUUUGACGAAUUUGGUUUCCGAGUGGAAGAGGAAGAUGGUCCAGAACAAAGUUCUAACAAACUGCUCUCACAGCCAUUCGUGGAAGAUGCCCAGCAUCGGCUACAAUGGAUCGCACACCUAGAGUUUUCACACAACAAAGAGGCCACUGAAUUAACUUGGGAAAAUGUGGAUGUUAUGCUACCACGUACUGAAAAACUGCGAAGUAUGGUACGUGAAGGUAUACCACACUCAUUGCGUGCACAAAUGUGGAUGCGAUUAUCUGGUGCAUUGGUCAAGAAGAAGAAAAGCGAAACAAGUUAUCACGAUAUUGUUAAAGCCUCAGGGAAUGAUCAACUUAUGACCUCAAAACAAAUAGAAAAAGAUCUGUUGCGUAUAUUACCAACAAAUGCAUGCUUCAGCAACCAGCAUGGCACAGGAAUACCACGUCUGCGCCGCAUACUUCGUGGCAUUGCUUGGCUUUUUCCAGAUAUUGGUUAUUGUCAAGGUACCGGUGUAAUAGCUGCUUGCUUGCUGCUUUUCAUGGAGGAAGAAAAUGCUUUCUGGACAAUGGCGACUAUUGUGGAAGAUUUGUUACCCGCUUCGUACUAUUCCUCAACUUUAUUGGGCAUACAAGCCGAUCAACGUGUGAUGCAAACAUUGAUCGCUAAUUAUCUAACAUCGGUAGACGAAUCACUGAAGAAACAUGACAUCGAAUUAUCACUUAUAACCUUACAUUGGUUCUUGACACUAUUCGCCAAUGUGGUGCACAUGAAAAUAUUGGUGCGCAUUUGGGAUUGGUUUUUUUAUGACGGUAGUAUUGUUCUCUUUCAACUCACAUUGGGUAUGCUAAAGUUGAAAGAAAAAGAUUUGCAAAAUCUUGAGAACUCGGCUCAAAUAUUCAAUUCAUUAUCUGACAUACCUGGCGAAGUGGAUGACGUUCAGAUACUGUUUCAACAAGCCCUUGAGGUAGGUGGCUCUUUAAGUCAAACUGUCAUUGAUACACAUCGCCGGCGACACCUGGCCUACCUUAUGGCAGACCAAGGAGGACUUGUUGGUAAUCCCGAGGCGGCCUCAAAUCUACCCAAGCAACAAUUAGCUCGCCGGCAAGUGCGAAAAAGCAAAUCUAUAUUAGAAACUCUUCUCUUUCGUGGCGACCCAGACACUGUAGAGCUGAAAAAUAAGAAUAUAAGACAGACAGAGAUUCUGGUUGAUUUGCGAGAAGCAAUAUUAAAGGUAGCGCGCCACUUUAUUACCAUUGAGCCGAAAUUGGCUGCACACAUACAAUUGACAGCGAAUUAUAGUACGGAUUCGCAUGCGAAGGAUCAUGAAAAUUUCAUUAAUGUGGCGCGUCGACGGAAAAGAAGGGCCAAGGCGUUACACGACUUCGAACGACACGAUGAUGAUGAGUUGGGCUUCCGUAAAAACGACAUCAUCACUAUAAUUAGUCAAAAAGAUGAACACUGUUGGGUGGGUGAACUAAAUGGCCUCCGCGGUUGGUUCCCAGCCAAAUUUGUGGAGUUGCUAGACGAACGCAGUAAGCUCUACACUUCUGCUGGCGACGACGCAAUUUCCGAAACCGUAACAGAUUUAGUGCGUGGAACUUUAGCGCCAUCGAUCAAAGCUUUUCUUGAACAUGGCAUGAAGCGACCCUCGUUUCUAGGCGGUUCAAUACAUCCAUGGCUUUUCAUUGAAGAGGCCGCGACACGUGAAGUUGAGAAAGAUUUCGAAUCGGUUUACAGUCGCUUGGUGCUAUGUAAGACGUAUCGCUUGGAUGAAGAUGGCAAAGUAUUGACGCCAGAAGAGCUUUUGUUUCGCUGCGUGCAGGCAGUAAAUCAGUCACACGAUGAGGUGCAUGCGCAAAUGGAUGUCAAAUUACGCUCACUUAUAUGCCUUGGAUUGAACGAACAGGUGCUGCAUUUGUGGCUGGAAGUGUUGUGUUCGUGUCAGGAAGUAGUACAAAAGUGGUAUUACCCGUGGAGUUACAUGGAUUCGCCUGGCUGGGUGCAAGUAAAAUGUGAGCUUCGGAUACUUUCCCAAUUCGCUUUCAAUUUGAAUCCAGACUGGGAAAUACCACCGAAAAGAGGCAAGGAGUCGCAACCGCUUAAAGAUGGAGUCCGUGACAUGCUAGUAAAGCAUCAUUUAUUCUCGUGGGAUUUGUGAGUCGUAUAGGCAGCAACGAUCGAAUGGCAUCUAACGCAUUUGUUUAUGAUUUUAAUUUAAUUUAGUAAAAUGUAAUAUUACAUAAUUUAAUAUUAAGCGUAAUAGUUAGUUUCUUGUUAAGUUUUAAAGUUUUUUUUUUUUUCAAGUAUUGUUCAAAUGUUGGUGGAAAAGUAUGAAUGAUUUUGCAUUUAAAUUUAGAUAUAAAAUUAACUAUUUGUUUUUGCAUUAAGAGUUUCAUAGCCGCUGUACCCGAACAGAUUUAUCGCUUGCGUAGGUUUAAUUGAACCUUUUAAAUAACUAUGUACUUAAAAUAGCGUAAUUCAUAAACAAAUAAUUUGUUUGCUUUCAAUGAAGUAACUCGAAAAUUGUAAUAAAUGUUUCUUAGCCAAAUGUAAACAUUCGAAGUUUAUACUUUAUACACCUUUAUAUGUAUAUAUAUAAAAAUCGUAUAUUAUUCCUUUCACAUUACGCUAUUAAGCUUCAGAUUUAUGCCAACUCUUUUGAUUUGCAGACACAUUAAAAUUUUUGGAAAUUCAUAUUUAACUUAUAUGUAUGUGAUGUAUAUUAAAAAACGAAUUGCAAUAUUAAAAUAUAAAUAUGUAUUUAAACAGCAUAUUUUGUUUAAAUUCAAUUAAAGUUACAUUUUGUCCAUACAAAUGCAUAUUUGCUUACUAAUUAUUGACAAGUUAAACAGAUUCGUAAAAUACGUAUGACUUGAUUCUUACACGCAACAAAUUAACUGCACACUAAACCUAAAUAAUCGUCCAUAAGUGUACCGAUUGCGAACUGUAAAUAAAACAAUUACAAAAUAAUUGAUGAUAAAAAUUAUUCAUUUGCUACUUACAAUGCCAGUAGCAUCCACACGUGUACCAACAAUCUUUAAACGUAUUUUAUCUUCACCGGAAAUAACCACAUCUUCGUCUUUCGAUUUGUAGCACGGCGGAUUGCCAUUCGGACAAAAUUGCAUAUCAGCUGGAAUGGACUGCAAUAGAGAUACUAAUACAUUUCCGCCAUUCAAUGAAUAGUUAUUUAGCACUUACAUGGUGUGAAAUGAAACAAGAGAGUGGUCCAAUUUCCGCGAACAUGCCAACCUACAUAAAAGCGGAAUAAUUCAUAAUUAUUAUCAUUGCCCACGAUUACCAAUUAAAUAAAAUUACUUUGUUUAUUUGUUUUACAACUGCAUCCAGUACUUCUCCUUUGAACGGCCGAAAGACUAUUGCCUUAUAUUUGACAGGAUAAACGACAAAACCCUGACCGGGCUGUAUAACACCGGAACCAAUUUGAUCGAUUGUGGUAACAGCUAUCACAAAACCAUACUUUCCCGUACAGGUACCU